AUGGAAUAUACGUUGAAUACAUCGGAAAAUUUCAUUAAUGGAGAAGAGAAUGCGAACGAAUUGGCUGAGGAAGAUGUUGAUUUGGCAAACACAUUUGAACGCUUGGUCGCCAUAAGCGACUACGACGCGAAGGACGAAAGCCAGCUCUGUUUCAAACGCGGUGAAAAUAUCCGAGUUUUGGAAAGGGUUAACGACGACUGGCUGUGGGCCGAUAUCGAAGGGGUUUUGGGAUACGUGCCAGCAAACCACACGGAACAUCCAGAUAAAUUCGAAGAGAUGGAAAAAUGGCAAGAUGAAGAAUAUUUCGAAAGUUAUUGCCAUAUGCGCUUGCAUUUAGAAAUGUUGGGCGACAUUGCGAGGACCGAAGCUUACCGUAAAGCGGUUGCUAUGAACGCGGAUUUUGUCCGCGGGAAAACGGUACUGGACGUGGGUUGUGGUAGCGGCAUCCUGAGCAUGUUUUGUGCACGAGAAGGACAAGCAAAACACGUUUAUGCAGUGGAGGCUAGCAGCUUGGCAGAUCAUUUGCCUGGGGUACUGCAAGAGAAUAAUUUAGAGGAUCAAAUUACAGUCUUAAAGGGACGGAUUGAAGUGAUUACACUACCUGAAAAAGUCGACAUCAUUAUAUCCGAGUGGAUGGGGACAUUUUUACUGUUCGAAUACAUGAUUGAUUCUGUGAUAUAUGCUCGCGACCAUUGGCUAAAAGCUGGUGGUACAAUGUGGCCCACCUAUGCGCAACUGUUUAUUUCUCUGUGCACGAUGCCAGAGUUGUACCAGCAGAAAGUAGGCGUGUGGAAACAGCAAUAUGGUUUCAGCUUUUCAACCUUGAAGCCAAAAGCGGUCGAAGAUUUUUUUAGCCGACCAAUCAUCGACUACGAUUUGUUGCCGAGUAAUUGUUUAUGCGAUGGUCAGCCACUUGUGUCGCUUGAUAUGAACACCCUUCAGGUUUCUGAACUUGAGUCGUGGUCGUGCAAUAUUAAAUUUGAAGUUCGAAAAGCCGGCAUUGUUCACGGCUUUGGUUCAUGGUUCGAUGUUGAGUUUCAUUCACCAGCAAACAAUUUGAGUGACAUUGAAUGUACCACUAAACCAGUUGUGCUUUCGACCAGCCCGGAUGCUCCCAAAACCCAUUGGAAAAAUGCCAUAUUUAUGCUUGACGAACCGUUAGAAGUUCAAGAGGGUGAUUUUAUCGGAGUCACGAUAAAAGUACAAAGAAAUGAGAAUUUCAGAAGACAUAUGUGCAUUUGUUUUGAGCUCAGUAUCGCUGAAAAGAAAGGCAAAACAACACACAAUAUUUGUAAAGAAUUUAAACUGUGGAGAUGA